AUGUCGACUCCAACCAACCCCUCGAAUGGCCGGACGCCAACGGGGUCGAACGGAGCUCCCCCCAUGCGAAUCCGCCGGCCCAGGGCAGCAGACCCGCUGGUUCGCCCAAAGAGAAGACCAGUGAGACCUGCUGGAGCUCCUCCCGUCGGUAGCACUGCUACUAAGACCUUGCCUACGCGACCCCCGACUUCGAACACCCAGCAGCCCUCUCAGCCUGCGGUGCUACCUGCGCCUCCCGUGAAGGCAGAACAUGCCGUGAACGGGUUUAGCGGCCCUUUACUGUCCGAAAAAUACGUCGACUAUCCGUUGGUGACGACAAAACGAGCGUUGCGAGAGGGACUGAAAAACCAUAUCGCUCGAUUUGCCUCGAAACGAAGUGUCGACCCACGCGAUGAAUCGCAAUUCACCCGACCUGUGAGGUUACAUCGUCGGGAUCCACGGACGCGGUCGCAGGAUCCGAAUAUUGAUAAGAUCUUGGGACCCGAUGGUCAACAACUCGAUGAGGCAGAGCGGGAGGCACUGGAUGCUAGGAGAGCGGCCCGAGAGAAGGAGCGCGCAGAAAAUCUGGCACAGAUUGCGCCUUCUGUGGGAUCAGUCGGCAAACGACCGAAUGCUCCUAAGCAGAAAACGCAACAGGUCUUUAAGUCGGACUUGACGCCCGAGGAGAUCGCGAAGGCUCGUAUCAAGUAUGAGGAGGCGCUUCCAUGGCACCUUGAGGAUUUCGAUAACCGGAAUAUCUGGGUGGGUAACUAUGAAGCAGCGCUGUCAGAGACCCACGCGGUGUUUGUGCUUGAAAACGGCAAGAUGCGAAUGAUACCUGCCGAGAAGUGGUACAAAUUUAGUGCCAAAAGCCAAUUCAAGGCUUUGACAAUUGAGGAAGCAGAGAAGUACAUGGCAAAGCGAGUCAAGGACCCGCGCUGGUUCAUGGAGAAGCAACAAGAAAUCGCACAGCAGAAGGAAUUAGAGCAGUAUGCCAAACACCGAAAGGUUUUUGCUGGAAAGCAAGGCGUCCUUGCUGGACGAGAGGGGCUUGAGGCUAGUGAGAUGGACUUUGAAGAGGAUCGAUUUGCAGAUGAUGAAGAGCAUGACGACCUUUUCAACGAGCAAGACGAAGAUUCCAAGGCCGCCGAAAAAAGAAUCAAGGAGGACCAAUUGAAGGCGAAUGUAUUCGACCUCAAGGAGGAGAAAGACUACGAGGAAGAAGAGAUGCGCGAGAAGAAGGAGCGUGAAGCUCGCAAAGUCCUGGGCAAAAAAGUUCGAAAGGCUCUCAAGAAAAGAGAAAGGAACUAUGACUACAGCAGCGGCUCCGAUGCGAACCCUUAUACUGACGAAGAGAGCUCUGAUGACAGCGAAACCGAGCGACAGAAAGAAGAAGAACGCAAGGCCGAAGAAGAAAAGAACCAGAAGGAAUCGGCCUCGUCUUCCAAGGGCUCCAACACACCAUCGGGCCGACCGAAACAUACCGAUCCACUGAAGAAGUCGGCCGCUUCUCGGAAGAGGCUGGGGUCACCCAAUGCCUCUGAUGCCAGUGGAACAGACACUUCUCGGAAGAAGGCGAAGAACAAGCAUCAGUCCUCGCAGCCAACUUCUCAACCCACUUCUCGCCCUAUUUCUCCAUCCGCAUCGCAGGCCGGCAAAAAGCGCGUUCGAAACAUCCUGGGUGGAUCUGGGUCUGGCAGCGAUGUCGAUGCCGGGGCAGGAUCUGGAGGCGAAAUGAGCGAGAGUGGCAAGACCAAGAAGCUCAAGUUGAACCCACCUUCGGCGGCCUCCCGUGGAGGUACACCGCAUGGCUCCCGAGCUGGAAGCCCUGUUGCCGGCAACCGGAGCUUCUCCGGCAGCCGAGCCAGCAGCCCCGAGGGAACCGCUCGAGCUCGUGGCACGCCUGGACCGACUGGAUCAUUCCCUACCCCUGCAGAGGUUCAUGCGGCUAUUCCGCCGUCGGGUAUUCUGACCGGUGAUCUCUCGCGAGCAUUCCGAUCUCGUCUUGGUCCAUCCAAGGAGAACCACCAGCGGUUCAUCGAGAUUGUCAAGAAAGUCAGUGUGUACGGCAAAGAAGAUCGUAUGCUGCGUCCCGGCCCUUGGAAGGAGACUUGA